CGGUCCCCUCUUGCAGUCCCCGAAUGCCCCACAUGAAGGGCCUCACAUCAGUUGGGUUUGUUUGCUCGGUCCCAAUUGUCCGGGCUUUCGGGCCUUACAUCAUGGGGGUUGUCACUGCUUUGGCGGGUUGUACCAUUGGGUGAUGGGGAGUCGGGAUUCUUUACCCAAACUCCUUGAAACUAGCUUGGUGAUGGCUGGGUUGGUCUGGCUCUUUUCGGUUCUGGAUCCCCGGGUAAGUAAAGAGCUUACAAGGUCAUGAGGUGAUGGUUAGUCUGAUUAGGAGAUGAUUGUAUAAGAGCCGGUGGGUGGAUAUAUAUGGGCAUAAUUACACCACAGGGCGCAAGACAGGCGGAGGUUUGUUGCCGGGAGGUACCUUAUAAGAUACAGCCUGCCUGCCGACCAAACACUUUUCCAUUCCUCUCUGUUUUUUACCCAUUGAUAUCUCUUACCUCCCCUCUGUCGCGUCUCGACAAGCGAGAACUCACACACCACCACCGGCACACCGCAAAGAAGAAAACAUACGCAGAAUGGCGGAACCGCGCAGAGAAAACUCCGGCCCUGUCGGCCCGCCGCUUUUGGACUUGACGAUUGACAACAUCACGCCGAAUACCAUCAGGAUUAACAGCCAGUCGGACGACCAGCGGUUGACGUAUUUGCUGUCGAGACUGGUGACGCACCUGCAUGACUUUGCGAGGGAGACGCGGCUGAGCACGGACGAGUGGAUGGCCGGGCUGGAGUUUUUGAUUGCUUGUGGGAAGAUCUGCAGCGAGGUGCGGAAUGAAUUCAUCCUCCUCUCCGACACCCUCGGCCUCUCCCUGCUCCUCGACAACAUCAACCACCCCAAACCCGCCGGCGCAACCGAGGGCUCCGUCCUCGGCCCCUUCCACACCCACGAUGCGCCCCUCCUCGAGAACGGCGCCUCGAUGACCUCCGACCCGGCGGGUGAGCCGAUGCUUGCCGUUUGUACCGUCAGAGACACGGCUGGGAACCCCAUUGAGGGCAUCAAGAUUGAUAUCUGGGAGACGGACAGCAGCGGGCAUUAUGACGUCCAGCACAGCGACCGGAACGAGCCGAGCGAGAGGUGCGUCAUGCUGAGUGAUGAGGAGGGCCGGUUCUGGUUCAAGGGGUUGAAGCCGGUGAGCUACCCAAUCCCGCAUGAUGGGCCGGUGGGGAAGCUGCUGGAGAGGCUGGGGAGACAUCCGUGGAGGCCGGCGCAUAUUCACUUCAUGUUUGAGAAGGAGGGUUGGGAUAAGUUGAUCACGGCACUGUACCUUAAGGGUGACCCCUACGAGACCUCGGAUGCCGUCUUUGGCGUCAAAAAGAGCCUCGUUAUCGAGCUUGGCAAGGUAGACAAGGAGACAGCGGAGAAAUAUGGGGUCGAGGAAGGCACAUGGCUGCUCAAACAUGACUUUGUGCUCACCACGCAAAAGGACACAGAGAAGCUGAGAGACGACCUGGCCAAGGAGGCGUUGGCAAAGUUGGGCUUGCAUAAUCUCAAGCUGGUGGAUCAUCUGCCUGUGCCAGAUCUAGAUUAA